ACUGUUGCUUUACUUUGAUCGGGCGCAACAAUACGGCAUUAAUUGUUCGAUUCACAUUUUCCUUGUAGUGUCGAUAGUAUAAUUUAUAAACAAUUAAUAGUUAACUUUAAAACUUUCCAGACGAUAGUGAAACGGGAACUAAGUGCACAAUUCGUGCCACAACGUAUUUGAGAAUUUUCCGACAUCUCAUGAGAAAACCUCGAUCAGCUCGCAAGCAGAAGAAGUAUAAAAGAUUUGGUGCCAAGAAGCUUAAAGUAACAUGGAGAAAAUCACGCUGAUUUGGUUAAUAAUAAGUAGUUUGAUAGCCUCUAUGUCAUGCGGCCUCAACAAUCAAGAUCCGAUAGAGUAUCAUGGACUAUGCGUGAACAUGUUCUUAAACCACAUUGAGAAACUGAAGAAGUUGGAGAAUUGUACCAUCGUAGUCGGUGAUCUAAAAAUUUCACUACUAGAAAGAACUAAACCAGAAGACUUUAAGAACCUUACAUUUCCUAAAUUGAAAGAGGUUACAGGAUACAUGGUUGUUUAUCGAGUUGCCGGUUUGGAAACUCUAAGCAAUUUGUUACCAAAUUUGGCGAGGAUACGAGGGAACACACUUUUGUAUAAUUAUGCUUUAAUCGUAUAUGAUGUAGAACUUUUAAGAGAGAUUGGCUUAAAUAGUUUGCUUAAGAUAGACAGAGGAGGUGUCAUAAUUUGGGGUGGGCCCCUCACCUGCUUUGUAAAUACAAUCGAUUGGAAUGCUAUCGCUCCUAGAUCUCGACAUGUUUUAAGCAAACCAGACAAACAUGCGCAAUGUAAUUUUCCUUGCACAUGUACGUCUAAUCCAGCAACAAAUCGCUGUUGGAGCAAUAAAAAGUGUCAGAUCUUCCUCGAAGGGCCAGACAGUUGGAAUUGCAGUAGUGAAUGUAUUGGAUGCCGUAAUACGAAUCCAAAAAGUUGUACUCUUUGCAGACAUUACACAUACAAAGAAGAAUGUGUAUCCCAUUGCCCAGAAAAUACUAUUCUUCUAUCAGUAAGCAAUCAUUGUAUUACAAACGAUGAAUGUGUUCAUUUGAAUCGUUGGGAAUGGAAUAACACAUGUGUAUCAGAAUGUCCUAAGAAUUUUGUUCAGUGGAAUGAAGCUGGAAAUACGACGUGUGUUCCUUGCGAUAACUGUCAUCAGACUUGUGGGAACAUGUCCAUACAAACUUUAGACACAAUUCAACUUGCUGAAAAAUGUGUAUAUAUCAACGGGUCUUUGAGCAUUCAUAUUUGGUCUAUACCAUAUGCUGCCAAUGAACUUAGAUAUUUCAUGAAAAAUAUUGUAGAAGUAACAGAUUAUAUAGAAAUUUAUGGUUCUAUUACACUAACUUCGCUUGAUUUUCUUUCGUCACUUCAAAGGAUUAGAGGUCGUCGUUUAUUCAAUGGAAAAUAUAGUUUAGCUAUCUAUGACAUGCAUAACCUUCAAUCUCUGUUUUUACCACAGAUUAUAAAAGGGCUCAAUGUAGAAAGAGGAACUGUAAGAUUUUAUAGAAACCCCAUGCUCUGUAUGCAUCAAAUAAAAAAGUUGACGCAAAGGUUUCCAGUAGCGCCAAAUGAGCUGGACAUACCUCAAGGUAUGAAUGGUUAUAGUGGUAGUUGUAAUGAAAUGUUUCUUAAACUAACCAUACAAGUAAAAAAUGAGACAUUUGCUAUUGCAUCGUUCUUUACUAAAUUGAAGGGGGUGCAUUACACGGUUUUGUACGUGAGGAUUCCACAUGGAACGAACGCUUCAAUUGUACCAGAAACAUGUAGUGACUCAGAGUGGUUUGCAAUUACUGUACCAGAUACAUUUAAUGAUUUUGUUCAUGUUCCAUUGCCGUCUCUUCGUCCUGCGUCAACUUACGCUGUUUGUGUAGAAAAAUAUGAUCCAUCAACACGUCAUCUGGCACGCAGUAGUAUUGUUAAAUUCGAAACCCAUGUUGGUAAACCUGAACCGCCAUUUAUUUUAGAACUGGUCGCAUCCUCCUCUAAUGUAAUCGUCAUCAGAUGGUCGGAUCAUAUGGACUACAGACCAUUUAUAACACGUUAUGAAUUAGAUAUUAAUCUGGUUGAUAUUAAUUAUAAUAUUAUUACCAGAGAUCAUUGCACCGUUAAUGAUGAUGAGAUGUUUGAUAUAGAUUAUACACGACAUGCAAAAGUAAUGCGACCGCCAAAGAAUUAUGAAAGAGGUUGCGAAAGUAUGUGUGGAAUAUUAUCUUCUGUAACUAUUGGUGCUAUGGUUGAAGAUUAUUUUGAUGUAUGCGAUACUAUUGGUAAAUGCGAUGAUGAUUCUGAAAGAUCUAAAAACUCCAGUAUUAACGGAAACAUCAUAAGCUUAUCAUUAGAUAUUAGUGGUCAAAGAAAUAACUUUCAAGUCGGAGGUUUAGCUCCAUUUAGAGAUUAUAAAUUUCGUUUAAGAGCUUGUACCAAAGAUUUAUGUAGUCGAACAGCUAAAGAUGUCGUUCAAACUCUGCACUCAGAAAAUGCAGAUAUAGCUUCUAUAACCCAUAAGAGUAUUAUUGAUCCUGGGUUAAUUUAUGUAAAAUGGGAACCACCAAGCGUAACUAAUGGACCAUUAUUGGCUUAUACUAUUGAAAUUUAUCCAAACGUUAAGGUAAGUGAUAUGAACCAUCUGGUGCCUCAAACGUGGUGCGUUCCCGGAAAUGAAACAAGCUUAACUGUAAAAUCAAAUAAGGCUAGUAAAUACUUAGUCAGAAUAUGUUCCACGACCUUAGCCCACCCAUAUGCGUGUAAUGACUGGAUAAAAAUUGAGGGUUUUGUAAAAUAUGAACUGGUUUGGUGGUGGUCUGGAGUACUAUUUGGGUUAUUCUUAUACGUUUUUUCAUGGGUUAUAGGCUGGCGAUGGAAAAGAAGAAUAGAUAGAAGUGAUAGUAUACCACUAUUUGACAUUACAUCUAGUUAUCGCCAAGAAAGUGUACCACCAGCUACCAUGUUAUCGGAUUUUGUGUCUUUACAUAAUAUUUCUUUACGCGAUUUACGAGAUUUAUCUUAAGCUUGAGCCAUAUAUGUUAAAAGGCAAGCAUAAAAAGUUAAAUUUUAAAUUACUUUCUAAAGCUUAAUCAAUUCGUUCAUCAGUGAAAUAAUGCAUGCAAAGGAUAAUUGCUUGGAUAUUAUAUAUAAGCUAAAAAGUAUUGUUUGAUGAACUUAAUUACGUUAAGCUUUUGAAACAAGAUAUAAUUUUUUUUUCGAAAAUUUCGAGUUAAUGUAAAACAAGAGGUAUUCCAGACGAGAGAACAGAGAUAUCGAGUUUAAUUUUGUGUAAUGGAACAAAAAAUAAAUGUUUUUAAUGUCUCUUAAACUUUCUAAAGUGGUUGUUGUACGGUGGACAUUUUAAAUUGUUUUAAAGCUUUACUGAACAAAAUGACUACUGAAUUUUAACAAUGUUUAUAAUUUGUUGAAAUAACAAGGGAGAUAAUUAAUUUAACUCUAUUUAUGAGUAUUAUUAUAUUAUG